UGCAACAAAAAGACCUAAGCCCACAGCGUACAUCCAAGCCGCUCACCCAUCUAAAAGGAAGAAGGCCGAGGAAUCUGUCUGAGAGAAAGCGAGAGAUCAAUAAAUCCGAUUGAAAAAAAAAAAAAAAAAAAGAAAAAGAAAUGGGCGAGUCAUCAUCGGAGUCAUUCUUGAAGAAGUACUGGGAAGGAUACAAAGAAUUCUGGGCAGAGCGAUUUCCAUAUACUGAUAUCUAUUCAAAAAUCAUCAACCGUGAUGAGGCUCUUCCUCCUUGGUCUGAAUCCGAUGUUAACGAGUUCAUUGUUUCUGAUUCUGUUCACGGCCCCACUUUGAAGACUGCUAGGGAAGCAACGAACAUUGCCUUAGCAGGAGCUGCUAUUGGAGCAAUAUCAACUGCAGGUUUUGCCUGGAAAUACUCAAGGAGUUUACAUGGUGCCGGACUGUCUUUUGCAGCUGGAGCUGUUUUUGGUUGGACAUUUGGACAAGAAAUUGCAAACCACUGGUAUCAACUCUACAGAUUGGACACAAUGGCUGCACAAGUCAAAUUUAUGGAGUGGUGGGAAAACAAGUGUCAGAGGCGGUCUUGAACUCAGCAUGAUGUUGAGAACGGCACCAAGACUUGGUUUACAUUUGCUUAAUAAUGGCGGCAUGUUGAAAAUGUAAUGUUUGGUUCGAUGCUUUGGCAUUUUGUUAGAAACUUUGCGUUGAGUUUGAAGGAUUUACAGUCAUUAUUCUACUUUUAGAAUGAAAUUGAUGAAAGCAGUUGUUUACA